GAGUGAGAUUGCACGAGCCACAGCUAUCACAUACACACAUCUCAUCCUAAACAACCCGCUGGAUAUUUCCCACUGGAUUCUGCUGCCUGAUGAACACCUGAUCUCUGACCUUUGAGAGCAAAACACCCCUGAUGGCCGCAGUCACUCCACCAAACAUUCCAGACAAUCUGAGACGGCUCCAUUCCUCUUCCUCUGGGCAGAGAGUGGUCACGACCUUACCCAUCGCUUCAGCAUAUGACUCGGUCAGCAUCCUCACCAGCAGCCAGGCCAACGACACGGACAGCAUCCAGACCUCCCACCAGGUAACCGAUGGUGACAGCAUCCAAACAGCCCAUCCUGCAUAUGACACCGACAGCAAUCAAACGGCCAACCUGGCGUAUGAAACGGACAGCAACCGGACCCUGAACCCUGCGUUUGACACGGACAGCACACACACACUCCACCCGGCGUACACGCUUGAAAGAAUGAACAUGGAGGGAGUAUCGGGUCCACCUGGAGGUGACGGUCCAACCACCAGCCUCUCCCUGAACCCCUCGAUGGACCCGCCUCCAUACAGCCCACCUGACCCAAAAACAGCGUACCUCAUGUACCCCUCUCCAAUGCCCCAUUACGCCAACCAGCCUGUGAUCGCAUGCCAGCCGGGGGCAAAUCAACCUGCUUUCUACCAGCCCACCUUCCUGCCACCCUCCACCUACCCAUCUUAUACUAUAUACAUGAACGGACCUCCGCUGGGAGAAGAGCAGCCGCCGUUACCCAAAGAUUACCUGGUGGAGUCUCUUCUCGUCACCAUCUUCUGCUGUAUAAUGAGCGGUCUCGUCGCAGUCAUGUAUUCUUAUGAAACCCGUGCGGCGUUGGCGAGGGGUGAUAUCCGCGAAGCUGAGAAAACGUCCCAGAAGGCUCGUCUGCUAGUUAUGUUCAGUUUAAUGUUUGGCAUAUUUUUGUUUUUGGGGUGGAUUAUUUAUGUGGUAAUAGCACUCUGUGCAUAGAAAUACAGAUUACGAAAAUAUAAAACUAUUUAAUGUGUAAUUUCUGGGAAGAAAUCUAGUUUCUACAGCAAUACUAGUUUCCACUCUCAUGAGCAGGAACAGAAUGCAAUUAUAAAAGACUCCCAUGUUGUGUGAGUUUCAAAAUGAAGUCUUACCAUUUAAACCAAUUCCACCUCUGCUCGUAUUUCAUCAUAUAGUGUUUCAGUGAUGAAAAUGAGUUUAGAGACUAGAAGGGAAAGCUCUACGUGCUUUCAUUAGAAAGUCAUUGAUAGAGUUGUAUUUUACAAUUACAGUUCUAUUUUAUUUGUUCCUAGAAAUUGAAACCACUGGCAAUAAAAUCUGUACUUUGUUCCUUAUACUACCCGUAAUAAGUACUAUUUAAAUAUUCAGUCUUUCCGUGUUUGUCCUUUAUGUGUUUGUGCUUGAGCUCUAUUUUUUUAAAUAGUUUUAUUUAGUUAGUUUCGCCUUGUAGCAGUGAAUAAUAAAAUAAAAUAAAAAUCCAGUAGCACAAUGCUGUUUAUGUUUAAAAUAUAAGUGAAGACCUUGAGAGGGUUAUUUGUUGAUAAAGAUUAAAUGUAUUAAAUUUUCUCACCGCAUGGCUUGGAGAGCCGCCAAUAAAUACACUGAAGAGUAACAUACAGAUGGAAAACAAUCAAGUGACCAACAGAGUGUGUCAGAAGGGAGCUUUCUCUCAAAAACAAGUGCUAUGUUCGGAAUAGCAUCCUAAACUACUACUCGUACUAUUUCUGUAGUAAAUAAAUAGAAUGUAUAUACAGUACUGUGCAAAAGUCAGAUGUGUCAGCAAGUCAGCAUUUCAGAUGUUUCACAAAAACAUUUGUCUUAAGAUGGUUAUUUUAUCCUCAACUUUCCAUUUCCAGUGACAAAUGAACCGGUAACACUUUACAAUAUGGUUCCAUUCGUUAACAUUUGUUAAUGCAUUAGGUAUCAUGAACUAACAAUUACAUAAUUUUUACAGCAUUAAUUAAUCUUGGUUAACCCUUUAAGCUCUGAAGUUGUUUUUAAAGAUUUACUGUUUCAGGGGCAUAACCAAAAAUAAAGGCUUAUAACUCGACCAACAAAAAAUAAAUUAAAAAAAAGGGGAAAAAAGGAGAGUCAUUUGGUAUCAUUGCAAAGAAAACUAUUCAAAUUGUGUAAUGAUAUAGAUUAUGAUACAUUCUGAGACUCUCAGCCUAAGAAUAAAAAAAAAAAUCACAAAACAAAUUGAGCCAAAAAAUGUACUUUUUUUCUUAUUUGACAUCAUAUAUCUCUGGGUGUCUCCGAAAAACUGAUUUUGUUUCUGUAAAUGUUCCCAAUCAUGUCACCUGUAACAUUUACCUGUAACUGUAAAAUUUUGUGUUGAUACAACAUAGCAAUCAAAAGUUAUAGCAUUACAAAUAAAUUAACCUAGUGUACACAAACAUCUCAAUGUGUCCAAAAGCCCCUCCAAACAUAUAAAACAUAAUAAUUGUACAUAAGAACUAAUUACAUGCAAACACAAUAAUGACUAAAGGUUUGUAUAGCAUGCAGACAUGAUUUUAGUAAAGAGAUUUCACAGAAUGAGUUUCAUUUGAGUCAUCAUUGAGUCCGUGUCGUGUAUUUGGCGCCAUCUCCUGGUGGCCAUAUGUAACAUUGUGCUUCGUGUGUAUUAUCUAAUGAUCAAUGCAUCCGAUUACAUUGUGUGUGGGCUCGUUUGAAAGACAAUCACCUCCUCUAAGUAAUUAUAUAUUUUAUGUUCUGUUUAUUUUUCAUGAAGUUAUAAGCGAAAACGCGGCAUAUAAGCAACACCAACAUAACUGUCAAAGACAUAUACUUAGCUAUUACUCACUAGACAUUUGUCUGUGAGUAAAACAAAUGGCUGGUUGUAUUCUACUCUUUGAGAGCUUUCCAACAAUAUAAGACAGAUGGCUAUUUGAUGAGUUUGAUGUUUUUACUGAUUGCAAUAAUAUGUAUAGUGCAAUUUAUUUUUUAUUUUUUUUAUAAAUUAUCAAGGAACACUUCUGAUUUGUCUGCAAAUUUCAAAGCACUUGUUCAGUUUUGGUCAUAAUGUCUACAUGCAUUGUAAAUUAGAGCUUCUAAGCUUUCAAACGAUACCUAUUUUGUGUUGGUCAAGACUGUAGUUAUUAAUAUUUUGACAAUUAUUUGUGUUUUCUCGCUGGCCCGUCCGAGCUUAAAAGGUUAUACUAAUUUGAGUAAUUUGCGACCACGUUACACGUUACUGACAAGGCACAAGAUCAUCUUAAUAUGUGUGACUAAUAUUUUGUCCCUAUCCACAAAGCCUUGAUAAAAAUUUCCGUAAUUGUAAAUGGUAAAAGAAAGUAAAAAUCAUACAGUAAAAAAACGUUUAUUGGUUAACUGGUAGUUAAAAUACAAUAUAUAAACGAGAUAUAAAUAUAAACCCUUAAAAUAUAUGGUAAAAAAUUAUAUUUAAGACAAUACAUGUAAUUUAACACUAAAAUAUGGUUAAAAUGUAUUUUUUAGAUGUAAAAAUGUGUAUUAUGUUUAGCAAGAAAAUAUAUGUUUUUUAUUUUUAUGCUAUUGUAUUUAUGGGAAUAGCUGUUUGUUCUUAUUUUUAAUAUCAGUUAUGUGUAUUGGGGUGUUUGUGUUAUAUUUUAUGCAUUUAAGUUCAUGUUUAUUGCAUUAUUUUAGUCAUGUCUCUUCAUGUGUAAUAAUUAUACUUAUAUUAAUUAUUACUCCUGGAAGGGCCACUCCUGAUGAACUUUAAGUGAUCAUGUGGCGUUUUGUUACUAUGGUGAUUAACAAUACAUUUUAAAGUGAAAAACAGUCUUUUAUAAUUUAGGAGUUUAGUUUAUCAAGUUUAUAUAAUUUAAAAUUAUAAACAAUAGUGAACCGUAAAAUAUACAGGCAUUAAAGCAGGGGUUUCCAAACUUUUCUACUGGGGGCCAGAUGCAAAAAGAAAUAAGGUGUCGUGGGCCGCACCGCUGUAUUAAUAAUAAUAAAAUUUUUAAAAAAAGGCUAGAUGCCACUAUUGCAUCAUCUUUAUGUUGUAUGCUUAAUAUUAUGCAAAUUUUAAAUCAUAUUUUGUGUUAAUAAAGGAUAUUUCUCUCACCAAGAAUGCUUGUAAUAGAACAGUGAUGCAGGGUCAGAAAUUAAGAGGGGCUUGGGGCAAAAUGCCCCCAAAAGUGACCAAAAAAAUGCAAAAUGUGGGGGCAGCAAUGCUUUCGUUUCUGUUUUUUUAUUUAUUUAUACCAUCUAAAAUAGUUCUUAAAAUUCUACUUAAAAAUUCCCCUGAAAAUUAUAUCCAUAGGGCAAUUAUUGUCCCUGUAGAGCUGAGGAGGGCGGGGCCGGGAUGGAAUGAGACACACCCGGUCCCC